UUUAGUUGUCCUCAGCUUCUCGAACGAAGACGCGUUGGCUCUAGUAGGAUCAGAUUAUUGGCUAUCGACUGUCGCAGCUAGUAGCUGCUCAUGGGGCUGAAAGCCCUACAGAUAACCGCGGCGUUUGUCGUGGCUCAGCUUCUUUUGCUGCAGGUUCAUUCCGUACGGAUCAAACUCAGGAAACAACGCUCUAAACCGCUGCAAGCUCAACAAUCUGCAAACGGUGAUUACGAUUACGAUUAUUACGAGAGUUAUGAUGACUACGAUGACAAAAAUGAAACUACAACUACAACCACAUCGUCACCACUUGUUACAUCUGGCGUUAACACUGCAAGCAGGGGAUUAUCGGGAGAGUACUACAGGUCUGGAUUGUCUACAGAUAUACCAGCGCAAACGACAAUUCGAAAUUUUAAUCAAGUUGGUGUAUUGCCAGAUGAGAUGCAAACAACGCCAGAAAGAAAUCGUGCAUCACCGACGGAAAUUACUCCCGGCGAAAGUAAUAUGAUUAGUGCGGUUGCUGUUCCUGGACCUAGGGGUGAACCUGGCCGACCUGGAGAUAUAGGUCGUCCGGGAGAUGCUGGAUUUCCAGGUGAGCCUGGAUUUCCGGGAAUUCCAGGGCCUCCAGGACCACCAGGACCUAUACCUGAUGUAUCAAUGUACUAUCAACAGUUGGCUUUGUCUCAAGCAAAUCAAGAUAAAGGACCAACGGGAGCAGCAGCUCCUUUAUAUGGCCCUGAAGCUUAUUUACAAAUGCAAACUGGUCCUAUUGGACCACGUGGUCCACCAGGCCCACCUGGACCACCUGGGCCGCAAGGUUUUCAAGGAAUGCGAGGAGAAUCUGGUGAACCUGGACCUUCAGGUCCUCCGGGAACGCCAGGUCCCAGAGGAUUAUCCGGUUUACCUGGAAAGGAUGGUAACAUCGGCGAAGACGGAGAACCUGGUCCUCCAGGAUCAGUUGGUCCAGCCGGUCCUAGAGGCUUGCCAGGAAUGCCUGGUCUUCCUGGUGUGAAAGGACAUCGAGGUUUUCCAGGAUUGGAUGGCGCAAAAGGAGAACAAGGUGUAUCUGGCGAGAAAGGGUCCAUGGGUGCACCUGGCCUGAUGGGACCUAUAGGUCCGAUGGGCCCUGCAGGUCCACGCGGUGAAAGAGGUAGAGAAGGUCCUCCAGGACCUCCGGGAAUUAGAGGUGUGGAUGGAAUUGUUGGACCUCCUGGGCAACCUGGUGCACUAGGUAAACCAGGUUCUCCUGGCUUUCCAGGUAAUCCAGGUGCAAAAGGAGAUCAAGGAGCACAAGGACCAAAAGGAAGUCAAGGCAUACAAGGCCCUCGAGGAGAAACCGGUCGUCCUGGACAACCUGGUGAAUCAGGACCACAGGGACCCCAGGGAAAAGAUGGAAUACCUGGAGAAAAAGGAAAUAUGGGAGCACCUGGUUUAGUUGGUGCUCCUGGUUUUCCUGGAACUCGAGGACAACCUGGAAUACCUGGCAAUCCUGGCAUUCCGGGGACGAAGGGCAUGCCUGGACUUCCUGGUGAAAGAGGAUUUAAAGGUGACAGUGGAGGUAAAGGUGAUACAGGUACACCAGGACCACGUGGUUUACCUGGACCUCCUGGAAAUGAGGGUAAACGAGGGAAAAGAGGAAUGCGCGGUCCAAUUGGUGCCCCCGGUCCUACUGGAGAGCGCGGAGCAUCAGGUGCACCGGGUCUUCCAGGACUCGAUGGUCCCGUGGGACCCAAAGGUCAAUCUGGAGAUCGUGGACCAACUGGACCAAUGGGACUAAAAGGAGCUGCAGGAGAUCUUGGUCGUCCAGGACCACCGGGUUUACAGGGUACCCGUGGAUUAAUGGGUCGCCCUGGUGCUCCUGGGAAACUAGGAAAUCCAGGAGAACGAGGAAUUCAAGGUGCUGAUGGAAAACCAGGUGAACAAGGCCCACCUGGAUUACAAGGUUUGCCUGGACCAAUAGGUCUUCCAGGAGAAAAGGGAUAUCCGGGCGAGACUGGAAAAGCUGGUGAACCAGGAAAUCCUGGACCACCUGGUCCUAGAGGUGAUACAGGAAAAGAAGGAGCCCCAGGUCCUCAAGGUUCACCUGGACCAUCAGGAACAGAUGGGGAACGGGGAGCUCCAGGGUCUCCAGGUCCUAGAGGUUUUCAGGGUUUUCCAGGUGCUACUGGUAAUCCAGGAACACCAGGAAAAGAUGGAGAACCAGGUGUUCAAGGACCACCCGGCCCAUCAGGUGCACCUGGAAAUAGAGGUGAACGAGGAUUUCCCGGUGAAAGAGGUAUACCAGGAGCAUCAGGAUUAACAGGACCAAGAGGAGAACCAGGUGUACAAGGAUUAGAUGGACCUCCUGGAUUACCUGGAGAAAAAGGAGAUAAAGGAAUUUCAGGACCACCUGGAUUAUUGGGACUGCCUGGUUUACGGGGAAUUCCAGGAGAAUCGGGUCCAAAAGGAGAAAGAGGAUCUAGUGGACCACCUGGUCCUGAAGGGCCUCCAGGGCGGAUUGGAGAACGUGGACCGCAAGGUCAAAUUGGCCCGCCAGGUCCACCAGGUGAACCAGCGGAACGAGGUGAUCCUGGUUUACCUGGACCUCCAGGAGAAGUAGGUGCUUCUGGUAAUCCAGGAGAGAGAGGACCCCAAGGAUUACAAGGAUUGCAAGGCUUUCCAGGACAACAAGGACUUAUUGGUUUACCAGGAUUAAAGGGCGACCGUGGUUAUCCAGGUCUAAAAGGAGAUCAAGGAAAUCCUGGUUCACCUGGUAGUCCAGGUGAAACUGGGCCACAAGGUCUAAUUGGUUUGACGGGAGCUAAAGGAGUACGAGGUGAACCAGGUAUUAGAGGAGAGCCUGGUAUUAUGGGACCACCAGGAGUACCGGGAAUCAUUGGUGCAACAGGUCCAUCAGGUGCACCAGGACCACCAGGUUCACCUGGACUACCAGGUAGUAAAGGUAAUAUUGGAGAAGCAGGACGACCUGGGAGUCCUGGACCCAUUGGAAGUCCAGGUUCACCUGGUGCAGAUGGAAACAAAGGAGAGAGUGGUUCUCAAGGACUACCGGGUGCUCCUGGACCUCAAGGUCCUCAAGGUUCUCCUGGUGAAAGAGGAUUACCUGGUUUACCGGGUCCUUUUGGACCAAUAGGUAGUAAAGGAGUACGAGGAGCGCCUGGUGAAACUGGCAUACCUGGGAAACCUGGAACAGAAGGUCCACCUGGACCACCUGGACAAAUUGGACCAAUUGGACCACCUGGACCACCAGGAGAAAUUGGAGCAGAAGGUCCAACUGGUAAACCUGGACCACCUGGAAUAGCAGGUCGUCUUGGAGAUAAAGGACCACCAGGAGCGGUAGGACAGACAGGAUUGCCCGGUCCUCCUGGUUUACCUGGAUCACAUGGUCAAGCAGGUCCUCCAGGACCAGCUGGAGAAAGAGGACCAAAAGGCGAAACAGGACCACAAGGCGUAGAAGGGCAACAAGGACCUAGAGGAAAACCAGGACCGAUAGGAUUAGAAGGCCCUAAAGGUGACCGUGGAGAAGAAGGCCAAAAAGGUGUGAAAGGUCAUAGAGGAUUUACUGGUUUGCCAGGCCUACCUGGGCCUACUGGGUUGCCAGGAGAGAAAGGAAUACCAGGAUUUCCUGGAUUACCUGGCAAAGAUGGUGAACCUGGACUUAGAGGUAGUCCUGGACGAGAUGGUAAUCCUGGAAUAAUUGGACUAACUGGUAAUCCAGGACCAAAAGGUCCUCCAGGUGAAGAAGGUCGUCAUGGUCCACCUGGUCCUCCUGGUCCUCCAGGACCUCCAGGUCCACCCGGUGAACUUGGUUUGGGAUAUGAUGCUGCUUCUUUAGCUGCCCUUUUAGGACAAGGUCAAACUAAAGGACCAGAUCCAUUAGUUGGUGAUGAACCACCUAGAAUUUUUAGUCAAGAUAUGACAGAAGAAGAAAGGAAGGAACUCAUUUUGAAGGCAUACAAACAAUUGAAAUCAUCAUUUCAGAAAUUUAUAAGGCCAGAUGGUAAAAAAAAUUCACCGGCCAAAACCUGUAGAGACCUUUAUACUGCUUAUCCGGAUAAACUCUCUGGAGAAUAUUGGGUGGAUCCCAAUGAAGGUGAUGCAAGAGAUGCAAUUUUAGUGUAUUGUGAUGCUAAGAAACGUGCAACAUGUUUAUUACCGAGUCCAGUACGUUCCCCAGAAAUCAAGUAUAUUACUGAUCAACCAGAAACUUGGUUAAGCGAAAUAGAAGAUGGAAUGAAGAUUACGUAUAAAGCAGACAGUAAUCAAAUUGGUUUCUUACAACUUCUGUCAACACGUGCAUACCAAAAUAUGACAUAUCAUUGCAAAAAUAGCAUAGGCUAUUUUGAUUCUGAACAAAAGACAUACAGAAAAGGUAUGAAAUUCUUAACUUGGAAUGAUGUGGAAUUAAUGCCACGUGGAAAUCAACGGUUAAGAUAUGACAUGAUAAUUGAUGAAUGCAAAGUAUACAACGGGGAAUGGGGCAAGACAACAAUUUCAUAUCAAACUGAUAAACCUGUAAGAUUGCCUAUAAUAGAUGUGGCUUUGAGAGAUAUUGGAAACUCAGAUCAGAGCUUUUCUAUUGAAAUUGGUAUUGUUUGUUAUGAAUAAUAAAUUUAACUUACACAAAUA